AUGCCUUCGGAUCCUUCGGCAUAUACGCUAGUUGCGUCUGACGCGGGGUACCGGUUGGACCUCACUUCGCAAGAGCUGCGGAAGAACCUGCAGAGCAACAACGAUGCGGUGAAGCUCGAGACGCUGCGUGCGAUCAUCGUGUCGACGCUCAAUGGUGAGCCGCACGCAUCGCUGCUCAUGCCGAUCAUCCAAUACGUGCUCCCCAGCAAGAGCAAGCAGCUUAAAAAGAUGCUGCACUUCUACUGGGAAGUGUGUCCCAAGUACGACACGGACGGCAAGCUGAAGCAGGAGAUGAUCCUCAUGUGCAAUGCGAUCCGUAACGAUCUGCAGCACCCCAACGAGUACAUCCGUGGCUCGACGCUGCGCUUUCUGCAAAAGAUCAACGAGCCCGAGAUUCUCGAGCCGCUCGUCCCGACCGUGCGCCAGUGCCUUGAGCACCGUCACAGCUACGUGCGCAAGAACGCGGUGCUUGCCAUUCUCACAAUUUACCAGCGCCACGAGCACCUGAUGAGCGAUGCGCCUGAGCUUAUCGAAGAGUUCCUCCAGUCCGAGACGGAUGCGACGUGCAAGCGCAACGCUUUCGUGAUGCUCGUGCACACUGCACCGGAGCGCGCUGUGGACUACCUGUCGAGUGUUGUCGGCCAGGUCACCUCGUUCGACGAGCUGAUGCAGCUUGCUGUAAUUGAACUGGUGCGCAAGGUUGCCAAGCACGACAAUCCCAACCAGGCGGAAUACGUGCAGAUUAUCUCGGAGCUGCUCUCGGCGCCGAGCCAUGCAGUCAAGUACGAGGCGGCGAUCACGCUCGCGGGCCUCGCGCACAACGUGCCGGCCGUCAAGGCGGUCGCCAGCGCGCUGAUUGACCUGACGGUGCAAGAGAGCGACAACAACGUCAAGCUCAUUGUGCUCGACCGCCUCGAUGCGCUGCGCGAGCGCCACGAGCAUGUCCUCGACCCGCUCGUGAUUGACCUGCUGCGCGUGCUCUCGAGCACGGAUAUGGACGUGCGCAAGAAGGUGCUUGCUAUGGUGCUCGAGAUGCUCUCGGUGCGCACGGUCGACGAGGUGAUCCUCAUUCUCAAGAAGGAGCUCGCCAAGACCGCGGCGCCGUCGCAGGAAGCCAACACGGAAUACCGCCAGCUGGUCAUCAAGACGCUGCAUGCGUGCGCUGUGCGCUUCUCCGAGGUUGCCGGCGACGUGAUGCACGAGCUGAUGAACUUCCUCGGCGACUCGAACAACCCCAGCGCGGUCGAAGUGAUUGCGUUUGUGCGCGAGGUCGUCGAGCGCUUCCCGAACCUGCGCGACGACAUCCUCGCGAAGCUUAUCCGCUCCUUCCCCGAGUUCCGCAGCGGCAAGGUGUAUCGCGGUGCGCUGUGGAUUGUCGGCGACUAUGCCAUGACAGCGGCGAGCGUGACGGACGCUAUGCAGCAGAUCCGCAAGGUGAUUGGCGAGGUGCCGAUCCUUGGCGCAGAAGAGCGCCUGCAGGAGCAGGCCGAGCUCGCGACGAGUGCCACGGAAGAGGGCCAGUCUGCGCCCAAGGCAAGCACCACGACGCGCGUCCGCGCCGACGGCACCUAUGCGACGGAAACUGCGCUCACGGCCGACGUCGAGAAGCUGCCGUCCAAGGGCGCGACGAAGCCGCCGCUGCGCAGCCUCAUCCUCUUUGGCGACUUUUACACGGCAUCGGUGUUGGCUGCGACGCUCGUCAAGCUCGUCCUGCGCUUCUCCCAACUCUCUGGUGACGAGACGACGAAGAAUGCGCUGCGCGCCGAGGCGAUGCUGAUCAUGACGUCGAUCAUCCGCGUCGGCCACUCCAAGUUUGUUGCGACCAAGAUCGACGAGGACUCGGAGGAGCGCAUUAUGACCUGCCUCAAGAUCCUUGGCCAGUCGACGCUCUCGCACGACGAUGCGAUCGCUGCGGCGGACGUUUUCCUGCAUGACACGCGUGAGGCGUACGCCAUGCUCCUGCAGCACGAGCGCAAGAAGGCGGCCGCCGACGGCGAACUUGACCAGAAGCGCAUCACGGCCGAGCCCCACAAGCAGCUCACCUUCCGCCAGUUUGGUACCUCGGCCGGAUCCGAGGAGGAGAUCGACUACGAGGCCGAGCUGAGCCGCGCGACCGGCAUGACCAAGGCGUCGAAGGACGACUUUAUCAGCAAACUGCAGCGCGUCGUGCAGCUCACGGGCUUUUCGGACCCUGUGUACGCCGAGGCGUACGUGGACGUGCACCAGUUCGACAUCCUCUUGGACGUCCUCGUGGUGAACCAGACCGACGAGACUUUCCAGAACCUGAGCAUCGAGCUUGCGACGCUCGGUGACUUGAAGCUGGUCGAGCGCCCGUCAUCGUACACGCUUGCGCCGUACAGCUACCAGAGCAUCAAGGCGACGAUCAAGGUGUCGUCGACGGAAACGGGCGUCAUCUUUGGCAACAUUGUCUAUGAGGGCGCUGCCGGCACGGGUACGAACAGCUCGGGCGACAGCCGCUACGUCGUCCUCAACGAUAUCCACGUGGACAUCAUGGACUACAUCUCGCCUUCGCGCUGCACCGAGACCGAGUUCCGCAGCAUGUGGACCGGAUUCGAAUGGGAAAACAAGGUGAAUGUCAAGACGAAUAUCUCGGACGUGCGCGAGUACCUCGAGCACAUCAUGAAGUCCACCAACAUGGCGUGCCUGACGCCGGAGGCGAGCCUCGCCGGCGACUGCGGCUUCCUCUCGGCGAACCUUUCGGCGACCAGCUUGUUCGGCGAGGACGCGCUCGCGAACGUCAGCAUCGAGCGGCUCGACGACGGCACGAUCCAGGGUCAUGUGCGUAUCCGGUCCAAGACGCAGGGUAUUGCGCUGAGCCUGGGAGACAAGAUCACCCUAGCACAAAAGGCCGCGGCAUAG